AUGUCCGUCUGGAACCCAGAUAAUAUCCGCGAUGUCGCGGAAUCGGUCGGUAUUACCAACCUCAACCAUGAUGUGACGGAAAAUCUUGCUCGCGACGUCGAAUACCGCGUUGCGCAGGUGCUGGAAGAAGCACUCAAGUGCAUGCGCCACGGCAAGCGCACCCUCCUCACAACCCAAGAUAUUUCCCAUGCCCUGAGGAAUCUGGAUGUGGAGCCACUAUAUGGGUACGAAUCCCUUCGCCCAUUACGAUUCGGUGAAGCGUCGCUGGGCCCUGGUCAACCGCUGUUCUACGUGGAAGAUGAAGAGGUGGACUUUGAGAAACUUAUCAACGCGCCGUUGCCCAAGGUCCCCCGGGAGGUGUCAUUCACUGGCCACUGGCUGGCUGUCGAAGGCGUUCAGCCAUCCAUCCCUCAGAACCCCACUGCCGCCGAUUCUAGGAACCUCGAGCUGGUAUCAAAGGGGCCCAACGCCAAUUCCACCUUGGCGGCAAUGAGUGGCAGUGGCGAAGUGUCAGUGAAGCCUACCGUGAAGCACGUGCUGUCCAAGGAGCUGCAGCUGUACUUCGAGAAGGUUUGCAGUGCAUUCCUGGAUGAAACGAGCGAAGAGUACCGCACCUCAGCAUAUGCUAGUCUGCGGGAUGACCCUGGUCUCCAUCAAUUGGUGCCAUACUUCGUUCAAUUCAUUGCGGAGAAAGUCACCCAUAGCCUGAAGGAUAUAUUCGUCCUAACUCAAGUGAUGCACAUGGCCGAGGCCUUAGUACAGAACGCAUCACUUUACGUCGAUCCAUAUAUCGCCUCCCUUGUCCCAUCAAUUUUGACCUGUCUGGUCGGCCGACAACUUGGCGGAGCCAGCGAUCUGUCCGAACAAUUCGCUCUUCGUGACCUUGCAGCCUCUCUCCUCGGACUGAUUGCGAAGAAGUUCUCCCACUCGUCGCAUAUGCUUAAGCCUCGUCUUGUACGAUCCUGCUUGAAGAGCUUCCUCGACCCUUCCAAGCCGUUCUGUGCCCAUUAUGGAGCCGUUAUUGGACUGCAAGCCGUCGGUGGCGCCGAGGUAGUACGAGUACUCGUCAUUCCCAACCUGAGUGAUUACUCCAAACUCCUCAGCGAUGGCCUCGACGAUGCAGCUCGUCGCCCCGCUGCCGAGCGCGUCCUGAGUGCACUUCUCGGCGUCCUAGUCUCUAUCCGCGAGGCUCACCCAUCUCUGACCAACGGUCACCCCGCAGCCGUGUCGGAUGAUUUGCGCACACAGUUGACGGAGAAAGUCGGUGGUCUGAUUGCCACGAAGAUCGUUGAAGCCAACGAAGUGCAGCUGGCUCGCCUUAUCGUGGAGGCCUAA